AUGGGAAAUAAGCAUUCUUCUUUGCACUCUUCAUGCUUUCCUACCACAACUGGAUAUGAUGUAUUUCUUAACCACAGAGGACCAGAUGUUAAGGAAAGCGUGGGCAGCCUCAUCUUUCACAAUCUUCAAAACAAAGGAUUUAAGGUCUUUUUCGACAAGAUCUCAAUCCAAGUUGGGGACAACAUUCCUCAAACGAUUGAAGGAGGUAUUCGCUCAGCAUGUGUUCAUAUUGUCAUUUUUUCGCCUAAUUAUGCAGAGUCGGUUUGGUGUUUGAAGGAACUUCAGCUCAUCGUCAAAACAGGGGCUUCCAUCAUUCCUGUUUUUUGUGGGAUUCGGCCUUCCGAGCUUCGAAUGGAGAACGAAGAGGGUGUCUACGCUCGGGCCUUUCAUAAGCACAGUGGAAUGUUUGAGAGCCAUUUAGUUGAGGAAUGGAAGAGGGCCCUUUCUGAGGUUUCCUGUAUCAAGGGCUAUGUUUUUGAGGGGGAUCACGGACAGCUGCUGGAGCAAAUUGCAUGGAAUGUAAAGCAGUUUAUUGAAAGGAAACCAUCGAUGUUGAAGAUGAUUGAAAUAUUGAAACUCGUCUGCUGCGAUGGAAACGUUCCGGCUGCAACAUUUCCGGCCAUAAAUCCAUUGCCACGCGAGCGCUACGUGGCCACCAAGUCAGUCCAGCCAGAAGCAUUGCGGCUGGAACCCUUUCAGCUGGAAUAG